GGCCAGAGUAGACAGCUCACCACCCCGCUCGGCCUAGGGGGCGCCGCGACGGCGGGGGCGCGCAGGGCGGAGCUGCAGAGGCGCGCAGGGUCGCGGGUUUAAAUCUCCCGCCGCGGAGCCGGGCUCCUCAGCUCACCGGUGCGGAGAGCGCGGGCUCGCGGCGGCGGCUGCAGCCGCGGGUGCGCGGACGAGCACCUCGCGGCAGAGCUUCGCCGAAAGGCGAAGACGGCGCGGCUACGCAGCGCGUUACUCCAUGGAUUCCUUUGGGCAACUCAGACCAGAAGAUAACCAGUCAGUAGUGAGCAGAAUGCAAAAGAAAUACUGGAAAACUAAGCAGGUCUUUAUCAAAGCCACAGGAAAGAAAGAGGAUGAGCAUGUGGUUGCAUCUGAUGCUGAACUGGAUGCCAAACUUGAGGUUUUUCACUCCAUUCAAGAGACAUGCAUUGAACUUCUGAAGAUAGUUGAGAAAUAUCAGCUAAGACUCAACGUUAUAUCAGAGGAAGAAAAUGAGCUAGGGCUCUUUUUAAAGUUUCAAGCAGAACGGGAUGCAACUCAAGCUGGCAAAAUGAUGGAUGCCACUGGCAAGGCACUCUGUUCUUCAGCCAAGCAAAGAUUGGCCUUGUGCACUCCUCUGUCUCGUCUUAAGCAAGAAGUAGCCACAUUCAGUCAAAGGGCCAUUUCUGAUACCUUGAUGACAAUUAAUCGAAUGGAGCAGGCGCGCACAGAAUACAGAGGAGCUCUGCUGUGGAUGAAAGAUGUAUCCCAAGAACUUGACCCAGAUACCUUAAAACAAAUGGAAAAGUUUAGAAAAGUACAGAUCCAAGUGAGAAAUAGCAAAGGUUCUUUUGACAAAUUAAAAAUGGAUGUCUGUCAGAAAGUGGAUUUACUUGGAGCUAGUCGCUGCAAUAUGUUGUCUCAUUCACUCACUAUCUACCAGAGAACGUUGCUUGGAUUCUGGGAGAAAACAGCUCAAAUGAUGUCCCAAAUCCAUGAGGCCUGUACUGGCUUUCAUCCAUAUGAUUUUGUAGCUCUCAAGAGACUACAAGAUACUUCAGGCAUGCUUACUACAGACCACAAAGAAGAACAAAUAGGAGGCAGCUGUCUUACAGAAAACCUCAAUAAGGUAGCUUUGUCAGAAGAAGAGAGAUUUGAAAGAGAACCAGCAAUUGCAAAAGAUCUACCUGUGGACUCAAUGGAAGGAGAUGAUUUUGAGAAGGAAUUCUCAUUUCUGAACAGCCUCCUAAGCCCUGGUUCUUUGAGUGCCAGUGAAUUUACACAAGAAUGCCAGGCUUCAUGUGGGAGCCCCAGUGCCAAUCUCACAUCCCAGGAGCCUUCGGUGGGGUCUGAGCCUCUUGCUUAUUCCUCACAGUUUCUUCCUUCACAACUCUUUGACCUUGGCCAUCAUGCUGAUAGAGCUCUCAACAGCUGGGUCUCCCAGGAGGGAUCAGAACACACUGAUAACCUGCCAGUGCCUUCACAGAGCCCAAAGAAACGAAGAUCCCCCAACAAUGGUAACCAAGACAUGUCAGCCUGGUUCAAUCUAUUUGCAGACUUGGAUCCACUUUCAAACCCAGAUGCCAUUGGACACUCCGAUGAUGAGCUCCUGAAUGCCUGAAUGAAGUUCCCUCAUUUUAGGAGUCUGGAGACAUCAAUUUUGGACUUACUGCUUUUGUGGGAUGGUGGUGUACUGUGACUCCACACAAAAGCAUGGCGUUUAUGAACAGAACAUCUGCCGGCUAACUUUAGUCAGAUGGUUAGGACAUUUGCAUAGAUUAGGUUAUAUUUAUUACAUUGGAUUUGCAAGCUGUUGAUAGUCUGUGGAAAAUUUUAGAAAUUGAGUGUGCAAUAUUGAGAUACCAAAAUUUAUGUCUGAAUUACAGGACCUGAGUGUAUUUCUUUGAUGUGCUUUAUAGUCAAGUUACUUUGCUGCCUAUGGGAAUUCUAUGUGUGGAAAAAGGAUAGAAUGUAAACCAGUUGUAGUUUUGGGUUAUUUUUUAAUAAAAGUGGCAGGGGUAGUUCUGUAGUGGAAAACAGCAGUAGAACUAGACCAGCUUUGUCUUUGGUUAGAAAGGUAAACUACUAAGAUUAGAGAACUCAAUUUGCUUUAAUGAAAUCAGAGAACUUAUGCUUGCUUUUCCUCAUUUGGAGGCUAAUUGUAAUGUUCCCUUUCAUUCACACACAAUCAUGGACACCCCUAGUUCCAUUAUUAAAUUUUCAUGGAGAGAAAUAACAGGAGGCCAAACCCAUCUUCUGUAGAAAUGAGGGGAGGUUAUCUUCCCAGUUCAUGAGCCACAGAAUGUGCAGCAGUGACACUGUAGGCAUCUGCAGGCCUGUUCCACACUCUGCUGCAAAACAUGCAAUUACACAUACUUCCUGCAAAAAAAAAAAUUAAUAAUAAAUAAGGAAAGAACCUUGCCUGUCUAGCACAAUAUUCCCAGAAUUUCCAGAAACUUCUGUCUAAACGAGGGAGAGGCAGUUCUAAACACCUCAUCCUUAUAUAUUUGCACACUUACCU